CCCAGCGCCGAUAACUAGAAUAUGUGGUAGCCUUGCCUUCUCUUCUUAUGUCUUAGCAAGCCAACUCUCUUAUGACACGCCGCCUUCUCCAGCCAGUCGAUCAAGAAGCUCUCGAUUGUUGUCGGGGGUUAUGUUGCCCUUUGGAGCUCCCCUCAUUAACAAUGCCUUGAGCUAUUGUCCAAAAACUCCUCCAGCCGCGCAUUGACCGGUGAUUAUUUCAACCAUCUUUUUGGCUGCUCCCUUUCUUCGCUUUCUCUUCGCCACCACGCCAUCCUGCCAUACUCGACGCUUUCCUAGUCCGAUAGGCAUAUUUUCAGGCCCCUUACCCUCCUCCUGGCGACUUUCGAUCAUUACCCGGUGUGAAUAUUCGCAUCUAGUCGACCAUGGCCGACUCCGAUGGCGAGUACCACGCAUCGGACGACGAGUUUAGUAGCCACCGGGCCGCGUCGGGCCCACGACCCGAAGCGCGUCCGCGCGCCCGGGGCGAAAAGAGCAAGAAGGGCGCCCGGAAAGGCGGUAAGGCUGCCUGGGAAGACAUACAACGGUCAUGGGACAACGUCGUCGACGUCGACGGGUCGGUCGCGGGCAUCGAAGGUCAUGCCGAAGCGCUGAAACGCGCGAGAUUGCUCAAGGACACGACGCCGUUGCAGCGCGGUAUCAUACGCCACUUGGUGCUCGCGAUAGAUAUGUCCUUCGCCAUGCUCGAGAAGGAUCUGCUGCCCGGCCGCUACGAGCUCAGCAUGGCCUACGCUUCCCAGUUCGUCAGGGAAUACUUCGAGCAGAACCCCAUCUCCCAGCUCGCCGUGAUAGGCAUGCGAGAUGGCGUCGCCGUCCGGAUAAGCGACAUGAGCGGAAAUCCGACCGACCACCUCGAGAAGCUCCAGAGCUGGGUCAAUCAGGACCCCCAAGGAAACCCGAGUUUGCAGAACGCCCUGGAGAUGUGCCGGGGCGCGCUUUUCCACACACCAUCCCACGGGACUAGAGAAGCCGUGAUAGUGUACGGCGCCCUGAUGUCGAGCGACCCGGGAGAUAUACACGAAACCAUCAAUUCGCUCAUCGCCGACCGCAUACGCGUGUCCAUCGUCGGACUCGCUGCACAGGUGGCCAUUUGCGAGGAGCUCUGUUCAAGGACGAACGGAGGCGACAACUCGAGCUAUACCAUAGCUCUGGACGAACUGCAUUUUCGAGACUUGCUGCUCGAUAUUACGACCCCUCCUAUCACGCGGACGCAAGAAGAGAGCAAUGCGAGCCUGCUCAUGAUGGGCUUCCCGUCGAGGACCCUCACCGCCGGCGACGCCAUCCACUACUGCGCCUGCCACAACCGACCGACGCGGGAGGGGUACGACUGCACACGAUGCGGGUGUCGCGUCUGCCGGCUGCCGGCCGAAUGUCCCGGGUGCGGGCUCACCCUCAUCCUGUCCACGCAUCUCGCGAGGUCCUACCACCACCUCUUCCCGCUGCGGAAUUGGGUCGAGGUCCCGUGGUCCGAAGCGAGGCGAUCCAAGGCCUGCUUCUCGUGUCUGGCGCGGUUUCCCGACCCUCCGCCAGGCUCGAGCAAGGGCAAAGGCAAGGAGAGACCCGGCCCGGCCGCGACGACCACGUCCAAGGGCCUGAGCGAAUCGAGCCGAUACGCGUGCGAGGUCUGCCGCAACCACUUCUGCAUCGACUGCGACCUGUUCGCCCACGAGGUGCUGCACAACUGUCCCGGGUGCCAGAGCAGCGCAGGGGCCAGAGGCGCGCAGAACGGCGGCGGCGACGCGAACGGGGACGCGCAGGGAAGCAACGGCGCGGCGAUGGAGAUAGAUUCAUGAGGCGACCUGAACAACGACGAUGUACGUUGAGAAGAGGGGAGAGCAGGAAGGAGGGGGGGGGGGGGUCGGGGGC